AUGUGGAACGGGGCGACACCGCCGCCGCCGCCUCCGCCGUCGUCGUCGAUGGCGCCGCCUCCUCCGCCGUCGUCGUCGGGGGCGCCGCCACCGCCGGGAACAACCGGAGCCCCGGGGACGCAGCCGCCGCCGCCGCCGCCGCCUCCGGCGGUGCAGCCGUCGUACAGCAUACCGCCAUCGGCCGCGGAGCUGGAGGCGCAGCUGGUGGAGAAGGCAAGGAAGUGGCACCAGCUCAACUCCAAGAGGUACGGCGACAAGCGCAAGUUCGGGUUCGUGGAGGCACAGAAGGAGGACAUGCCCCCCGAGCACGUCCGCAAGAUCAUCAGAGAUCAUGGUGACAUGUCAUCAAAGAAGUACCGUCAUGAUAAACGUGUAUAUCUCGGAGCAUUGAAAUUUGUGCCUCAUGCAGUUUACAAGCUCCUUGAGAACAUGCCAAUGCCGUGGGAACAGGUUCGAAACGUGAAAAUUUUAUAUCAUAUCACUGGUGCAAUAACAUUUGUCAAUGAGAUUCCUUGGGUAGUUGAGCCCAUCUAUUUAGCACAGUGGGGUACAAUGUGGAUUAUGAUGCGAAGAGAGAAGAGAGACAGGCGGCACUUCAAAAGAAUGCGUUUUCCUCCCUUUGAUGACGAGGAGCCUCCACUGGACUAUGCUGAUAAUCUGCUAGAUGUUGAGCCAUUGGAAGCUAUACAACUAGAGUUGGAUGAAGAAGAAGAUUCAGCUGUAUAUACAUGGUUUUACGAUCAUAAGCCUCUUGUAAAGACGAAGCUUAUCAAUGGCCCUAGCUACAGGAAAUGGCAUCUCUCUCUUCCUAUUAUGGCAACACUUUACCGAUUGGCUGGACAGCUGUUGUCUGAUUUGAUUGACCACAAUUAUUUUUACUUGUUUGACAUGGAGUCAUUCUUCACUGCUAAAGCAUUGAACAUGUGUAUACCUGGAGGUCCGAAGUUUGAGCCUUUGUACCGUGACAUGGAGAAAGGAGAUGAGGACUGGAAUGAAUUUAAUGACAUCAAUAAACUCAUCAUUCGUCAGCCACUUAGGACAGAGUACAGAAUUGCUUUUCCUCAUCUGUACAAUAAUAGGCCCAGGAAAGUAAGGCUUGGUGUAUAUCAUACUCCAAUGAUAAUGUAUAUAAAAACCGAGGAUCCUGAUUUGCCUGCAUUCUAUUAUGAUCCUUUGAUAAAUCCCAUAACUUCAGUUAACAAGGUUGACCGCCGGGAGAAGAAAGUGAAUGAAGAGGAAGAUGAGGAAGAUUUCUACCUCCCAGAUGAUGUGGAGCCUCUGCUGGCAGAUACGCAGCUUUAUACUGACACAACAGCUGCUGGUAUUGCAUUACUAUUUGCUCCACGCCCUUUCAACAUGAGAUCUGGUAGGAUGCGCCGAGCUGAAGACAUUCCUCUUGUGUCUGAGUGGUACAAAGAACACUGCCCUCCGUCAUAUCCAGUUAAAGUUCGAGUGAGCUACCAGAAACUGUUGAAGUGUUAUGUCCUCAAUGAGCUGCAUCAUAAACCUCCAAAGGCACAGAAAAAGAAACAUCUGUUUCGGUCUCUCCAAGCGACAAAGUUCUUUCAAACUACAGAACUGGAUUGGGUUGAAGCUGGUCUGCAAGUUUGUAAGCAGGGCUACAACAUGCUUAAUUUGCUGAUCCAUAGGAAAAAUUUGAACUAUCUUCACCUGGACUACAAUUUUAAUUUGAAACCUGUAAAGACUCUAACAACAAAGGAGAGGAAAAAAUCACGAUUCGGUAAUGCAUUCCAUCUAUGUCGUGAGAUUUUGCGACUGACCAAGUUGGUCGUUGAUGCAAAUGUUCAGUUCCGCUUGGGUAAUGUGGAUGCCUUCCAGUUAGCUGAUGGUCUGCAAUACACAUUUUCGCAUGUCGGCCAGUUGACUGGUAUGUAUCGUUACAAGUAUCGACUAAUGCGGCAGAUCCGGAUGUGUAAAGAUCUGAAGCACUUGAUAUAUUACCGCUUUAAUACUGGCCCUGUUGGGAAAGGGCCGGGCUGUGGGUUUUGGGCUCCGAUGUGGAGGGUCUGGCUAUUUUUCCUUCGGGGCAUUGUUCCUUUGCUGGAGAGAUGGCUGGGUAAUCUGCUUGCUCGGCAGUUUGAGGGCCGGCAUUCAAAAGGAGUUGCUAAAACUGUUACAAAGCAACGGGUGGAGAGUCAUUUUGAUUUGGAACUCCGAGCUGCUGUCAUGCAUGAUGUUCUUGAUGCAAUGCCAGAGGGCAUCAAGCAAAACAAGGCCAGAACCAUCUUGCAACAUCUUAGCGAAGCAUGGCGUUGUUGGAAAGCCAACAUUCCCUGGAAGGUCCCUGGCCUCCCAGUUCCUAUUGAAAACAUGAUUCUUCGUUAUGUGAAGUCCAAGGCUGAUUGGUGGACUAAUGUUGCUCACUACAAUCGUGAGCGUAUUAGAAGAGGUGCGACAGUUGAUAAGACUGUUUGUCGAAAGAAUCUUGGAAGGUUGACGCGCUUGUGGCUGAAGGCUGAACAGGAAAGGCAACAUAAUUACUUGAAAGAUGGUCCAUAUGUUACCCCUGAAGAGGCAGUUGCUAUUUACACUACGACUGUUCAUUGGCUGGAAUCAAGAAAGUUCUCACCAAUUCCAUUUCCUCCAUUAUCCUAUAAACAUGAUACGAAACUUCUUAUCCUGGCACUGGAGAGGCUAAAGGAGUCAUAUAGUGUAGCAGUCAGACUAAACCAAUUGCAGCGAGAAGAACUUGGUCUGAUAGAACAAGCCUAUGACAACCCGCAUGAGGCGUUAUCAAGGAUAAAACGUCACUUGCUUACUCAGCGUGCCUUUAAAGAAGUUGGCAUUGAAUUUAUGGAUCUGUACAGUUACCUGAUUCCUGUGUAUGAGAUUGAACCCCUUGAGAAAAUCACAGAUGCGUAUCUUGAUCAGUACUUGUGGUAUGAAGGUGACAAGCGGCAUCUUUUCCCAAAUUGGGUCAAACCUGCAGAUUCAGAGCCACCUCCUCUCCUUGUCUACAAAUGGUGUCAGGGCAUAAACAAUUUACAGGGUAUAUGGGAUACUGGUGAUGGGCAAUGUGUUGUAAUGCUUCAAACAAAAUUUGAGAAGUUCUUUGAGAAAAUAGAUCUGACUAUGUUAAACAGGCUUUUAAGGCUUGUCUUGGAUCACAAUAUUGCGGACUACGUUACAGCAAAAAAUAAUGUGGUCUUAUCUUACAAGGACAUGAGUCACACAAACUCUUACGGUCUCAUUCGCGGUCUUCAGUUUGCCUCCUUUGUAGUGCAGUACUAUGGUCUUAUGCUCGAUCUCUUGCUUCUCGGUCUAACUCGAGCCAGUGAAAUUGCGGGGCCACCUCAGAUGCCCAAUGAAUUUAUUACGUAUGCUGACACUAAAGUUGAGACGAGGCAUCCAAUUAGGUUGUACUCUCGAUAUAUCGAUAAGGUGCAUAUCUUGUUCCGCUUCACCCAUGAAGAAGCACGUGAUCUCAUUCAGCGUUACUUGACUGAACAUCCUGACCCGAACAACGAAAAUAUGGUGGGUUACAAUAACAAAAAGUGCUGGCCAAGGGAUGCCAGAAUGAGGCUAAUGAAACAUGAUGUUAACCUUGGGAGAAGUGUAUUUUGGGAUAUGAAGAACCGCCUUCCUAGGAGUAUCACAACAUUGGAGUGGGAAAAUAGCUUUGUCUCUGUGUACAGCAAGGACAACCCCAACCUGCUUUUCAGCAUGUGUGGGUUUGAAGUUCGGAUAUUGCCAAAGAUAAGGAUGACCCAAGAGGCAUUCAGCAACACAAAGGAUGGAGUCUGGAAUCUGCAGAAUGAGCAGACAAAAGAAAGAACGGCUAUAGCCUUUCUACGUGUUGAUGAUGAGCACAUGAAAGUCUUCGAAAAUCGUGUGAGGCAAAUUCUUAUGUCAUCAGGAUCGACAACAUUUACGAAGAUUGUCAACAAGUGGAAUACAGCUCUUAUCGGUCUUAUGACAUAUUUCCGAGAAGCAACUGUUCACACCCAAGAGCUGUUAGAUUUACUCGUUAAAUGUGAAAACAAGAUCCAGACUCGUAUUAAGAUUGGUCUGAACUCGAAGAUGCCUAGCAGGUUUCCGCCUGUUAUUUUUUACACACCGAAGGAAAUUGGAGGUCUUGGAAUGUUAUCGAUGGGCCACAUAUUAAUACCACAGAGUGAUCUAAGGUAUAGCAAGCAGACAGAUGUUGGGGUAACGCACUUUCGAAGCGGUAUGAGCCAUGAGGAGGAUCAGCUCAUCCCAAAUCUUUAUCGCUACAUUCAGCCAUGGGAGAGCGAAUUUAUUGACUCACAGCGUGUUUGGGCUGAAUAUGCAUUGAAGAGGCAGGAAGCACAAUCCCAGAAUAGACGCUUAACUCUUGAGGAUCUUGAGGAUUCCUGGGAUAGAGGUAUACCUCGAAUCAAUACUCUUUUCCAGAAAGAUCGUCACACAUUAGCAUACGACAAAGGCUGGAGGGUACGGACUGACUUUAAGCAGUAUCAAGUGCUGAAACAGAAUCCAUUCUGGUGGACCCACCAGCGGCAUGAUGGAAAACUGUGGAACUUGAAUAAUUAUCGAACUGAUGUUAUUCAAGCACUUGGAGGUGUAGAGGGAAUAUUGGAGCACACAUUAUUUAAAGGAACAUAUUUCCCGACCUGGGAAGGUCUCUUUUGGGAGAAGGCAUCUGGCUUCGAGGAAUCCAUGAAAUAUAAGAAGCUGACUAAUGCUCAGCGAUCUGGGCUUAAUCAAAUCCCAAAUCGUAGGUUCACCUUAUGGUGGUCGCCAACCAUAAACCGUGCAAAUGUUUAUGUGGGUUUCCAAGUGCAGCUUGAUCUCACAGGAAUAUUCAUGCAUGGGAAAAUUCCAACCUUGAAGAUAUCUCUAAUUCAGAUAUUCCGUGCUCAUCUUUGGCAAAAGAUCCACGAAAGUGUUGUUAUGGACCUUUGCCAAGUUUUAGAUCAGGAACUUGAUGCUCUGGAAAUUGAGACCGUGCAAAAAGAGACGAUACAUCCCAGAAAGAGUUACAAGAUGAACAGUUCUUGCGCAGAUGUUCUUCUAUUUGCUGCGCAUAGAUGGCCGAUGUCCAAGCCCAGCCUAGUUGCUGAGUCGAAGGAUGUUUUCGAUCAGAAAGCAAGCAACAAGUAUUGGAUCGAUGUGCAGCUUCGAUGGGGAGAUUAUGAUUCCCAUGAUAUAGAACGGUAUACGAGGGCUAAGUUCAUGGAUUAUACAACUGAUAACAUGUCUAUUUAUCCAUCUCCUACUGGAGUGAUGAUUGGACUUGAUUUAGCGUAUAACUUGCACUCUGCUUUUGGCAACUGGUUUCCUGGGUCAAAACCUCUUCUGGCCCAAGCCAUGAACAAAAUCAUGAAGUCCAAUCCAGCUUUAUACGUCUUGAGGGAGAGAAUAAGGAAGGGUCUGCAGUUGUAUUCAUCCGAACCUACAGAACCAUAUCUGUCAUCUCAGAACUAUGGAGAGAUAUUCAGCAACCAAAUCAUAUGGUUUGUGGAUGAUACGAAUGUGUACCGAGUUACAAUCCACAAAACAUUCGAGGGAAAUCUUACCACUAAACCUAUCAACGGUGCCAUCUUUAUCUUUAACCCAAGAACAGGGCAAUUGUUCUUAAAGGUUAUCCACACCAGUGUGUGGGCAGGGCAAAAGCGUCUCGGACAGUUGGCCAAGUGGAAAACAGCAGAAGAGGUUGCUGCCCUAGUCCGAUCCCUGCCUGUCGAAGAGCAGCCAAAGCAAAUUAUCGUGACUCGGAAGGGCAUGUUGGAUCCUUUGGAGGUUCAUUUGCUCGACUUUCCUAAUAUAGUUAUAAAGGGUAGUGAGCUGCAGUUGCCAUUCCAGGCUUGUUUGAAAAUCGAGAAGUUCGGCGAUUUGAUUCUUAAAGCUACGGAGCCUCAAAUGGUUUUAUUCAAUAUCUAUGAUGAUUGGCUGAAAAGCAUUUCAUCGUACACCGCCUUCUCUCGUCUCAUACUGAUAUUACGGGCGCUCCACGUGAAUAAUGAGAAGGCAAAGAUGUUGCUGAAGCCCGACAAAACUAUCAUUACUGAGCCACACCAUAUCUGGCCUUCUCUCACUGACGAUCAGUGGAUGAAGGUGGAAGUUGCACUUAGGGAUCUUAUAUUGUCGGAUUAUGCGAAGAAGAAUAAUGUGAACACAUCGGCACUCACACAGUCUGAAAUCCGCGAUAUAAUACUUGGUGCUGAGAUUACUCCGCCCUCACAACAGAGGCAACAAAUAGCAGAAAUCGAGAAACAGGCAAAGGAAGCAAGCCAGUUAACUGCAGUUACAACAAAGACAACAAACGUUCAUGGAGAUGAGCUUAUUGUGACUACGACCAGUCCCUAUGAGCAACAAGCAUUUGGGUCGAAGACUGAUUGGCGUGUUAGGGCCAUCUCUGCUACAAAUCUGUAUCUUCGAGUCAAUCAUAUUUAUGUCAACUCGGAUGACAUAAAGGAGACUGGAUACACUUACAUCAUGCCAAAGAACAUAUUGAAGAAGUUUAUAUGCAUAGCUGAUCUUCGGACUCAGAUUGCUGGGUAUUUGUAUGGGUUAAGUCCCCCAGAUAACCCCCAGGUGAAGGAGAUUCGGUGUAUUGCUAUGCCGCCACAAUGGGGAACUCAUCAGCAAGUCCAUCUCCCAUCUGCUCUUCCUGAGCACGAAUUCCUGAAUGAUUUGGAACCGCUGGGUUGGAUGCAUACACAACCUAAUGAGCUUCCUCAGUUAUCCCCACAGGAUCUGACAAGCCAUGCUCGGAUUCUAGAGAACAGCAAACAAUGGGAUGGUGAGAAGUGUAUCAUUCUAACGUGCAGUUUUACUCCAGGAUCCUGUUCGCUAACUGCUUAUAAGCUGACACCAAGCGGCUAUGAGUGGGGUCGUCUUAACAAGGACACAGGAAGCAAUCCACACGGAUACCUCCCGACCCAUUAUGAGAAGGUUCAGAUGCUUCUCAGCGACCGCUUCCUGGGAUUCUACAUGGUUCCGGAUAAUGGCCCAUGGAAUUACAACUUCAUGGGAGUAAAGCAUACUGCAAGUAUGAAGUAUGGCAUGAAGCUCGGCGCGCCGCGCGACUACUACCACGAGGACCACAGGCCGACGCAUUACCUCGAGUUCAGCAAUCUCGAGGAGGGAGAGACGGCCGAGGGAGACCGGGAGGACACCUUUACGUAG